UCAUUUUGUUUUUGCUAAUUGUUUUUGAGCCUGUUGACAACUAACUUCGCUGGACCGAGUUUUGAGAAGUUUUAUUUUUACCGAAAUUAGCAAGGCCAUCCACAACCAUGAAGGUGAAAAUGAUAAGCCGCAAUCCCGACGAAUACAUGCGUGAAACAAAACGGGACAUUCACAAGGUGAAACGCAAUUACGAUCCGUCACUGCAUCCUCUGGAAUCCGCGCGUGAAUAUGUACGGGCACUGAAUGCAACGAAAUUGGAUCGAGUUUUUGCCAAACCAUUCAUCGGAAAUCUAGAAGGACACAAAGACGGUGUGUCCUGUUUUGCCAAGCAUCCAAGCUCGUUAUCCGAUCUGUGCAGUGGUUCAUAUGACGGUGGAAUUCACGUUUGGAACCUGCCCACACGCAAAUCUGUUCGGAAUUUCGUUGCACAUGACGGUUACGUACGAGCCAUCUGCUACACACCGUCAGCCGAACACUUUUUGAGUGUAGGAGAUGAUAAGACAAUUAAAGUCUGGAAAUCGCAGCUAGGCGAUGCGGAAGAUGUGCCAACAAACACAAUGCUCAGUCGGACGAUAUUGACGGGCAUAUCGCAUCAUCGAAGUGAUUCAAUAUUUGCUACAUGCGGAGAGGUGUGCAGCUUAUGGGAUGAGACAAGAAAUGAACCACUGAAGCAAUUGAAAUGGGGCGUCGAUACCUUACACUCGAUUUCUUUCAAUCCCAUCGAAACGUCGCUGCUUGCGUGCUGUGCGAGCGAUCGGAGUAUAAUUUUUUAUGAUGUUCGAGACGGAAACCCAUUACGGAAGAUGGUGAUGACGCAUCGGCCGAAUAAGAUCAGUUGGAAUCCGAUGGAAGCAUUUAAUUUUACUGUCGCCAACGAAGACUACAAUUUAUAUACCUUCGACUCAAGACGCCUGAAGUACCCCAUCAAAAUUCACAGAGAUCAUAUUUCAGCGGUAACUGACGUUGAUUACUCACCGACCGGCAAAGAAUUCGUGUCUGGUGGUUAUGACAAAACAAUUCGAAUCUACGAGGCGCAUAAAGAACAUUCUAGGGAAAUUUACCACACAAAACGAAUGCAACGGAUAACUUGUGUCGGCUGGUGCUUAGACAAUAAAUACAUUUUCAGCGGGUCCGACGAAAUGAAUAUUCGCCUGUGGAAGGCCAGAGCAUCGGAAAAAUUAGGCGCUCUUCGACCACGUGAGCGGACUGCACUUAACUAUGCCGAGACUCUGAAAGAAAAAUACGCUGCCCAUCCACAAAUUCGACGAAUCGCCAAUCAUCGGCAAGUUCCGAAAUACAUCUACAACAACAUGCGCAAACACAGGGCGAUACACGAAAAAGAGAAACAAAAGGAACACAAUCGACGAGUUCAUUCGAAACCGGGGGCUGUGCCAUUUGUUCCAGAGACGAGAAAACAUGUUUUACAGGAGCAUGAAUAAAGGGACUGCAUUUCAUUUC